AUACUGUUAAAACAUACUCCCUCCGUCUCAUAUUAAAUGUUGAAAUAUUACAUGUAUCUAAAUGUUUUUUGGUAUAAAUACGUUCAUGUUUGGACAAAUUGAAUCACUUGAUAUAGAACGGAGGGAGUAGUUUUAUGUUGUACUUCCUCGGAUCCUAAAUUUUUUGUUGUUGUUUUAGUACAAAAGGUAUUUAUUAGUAUUGAUUUGGUAGUAAAGAUGUAAUUUUUUUACUCCUUCCGAUUGAAAUUACUAACCGAAAUAUUACAUAUAUCUAGACGUUUUUUAGACAUAAAUACAUUCAUAUUUGGACAAAUUUGAGACAAAGUAGCAUGUGUCUGAGGGAGUAUUAUAAUUUUAGUCAUGAUAAUAUCCCUCUUAGAAAUGGAAGGAGUAUAUACACACGGCUAGCAUUUUCGUUUUUGGCGCGCGUCUCCUCUUUUUCCCUCCUUCACCCUUUCAGAAAGGUCACAAAUCACCCAAAAACGCAGCAGCCGCGAGGCGGCGGCGGCGCAUUGGCGACUGGCGACUGGCGAGCCAUGGACGAAGGAGUGGUGUCCGUGGAUAAGUUCAGCGGCGGCAGCCAGGCCUACUUCCUGACGCACCUCCACCAGGACCACACCCGCGGCCUCGACGCCGUGCGCGGGUGGCGCCACGGCCCGCUCUACUGCUCCCCCAUCACGGCGCGGCUCCUCCCCACCCGCUUCCCGGGGAUCGACGUCUCCCUUCUCCGGCCCAUCGCGCCCGGCGCCUCCGCCUCCCUGUCGCUCACCUCCCCAAUCUCCGGCCGCCCCAUCUCCCUUCUCGUCACCGCCAUCCCCGCCCUCCACUGCCCCGGUUCGCUCAUGUACCUCUUCCGCGGCGAUCUCGGAUGCAGGCUGUACACUGGGGAUUUCCGGUGGGAGUUGGGAUGUGAGGAGGCGCGGUCCGCUAAGAAGGCGCUUCUCCACGCGCUUGCCGGGGAUAGCGUGGACGUGCUCUAUUUGGACAACACGUACUGCUACCCUUCGCUCAACUUCCCUCCACGCCGCGUCGUCGCUGAGCAGAUAGUUAAUAUUAUCCAGGCUCAUCCUGAUCAUGAAGUUAUUAUUGGUGUUGAUACUCUUGGAAAAGAAGACCUCUUGCUUCAUUUAUCCAGAGCUCUGCAAAUGAAGAUAUGGGUCUGGCCCCAGCGCCUACUCACAAUGCACCUUCUAGGUAUUGAUGACAACCAGGAGAUCUUCACAACGCAGACCAGCUUGACGAGGAUCCGUGCUGUUCCAAGAUACAGUCUGACCAUUGAGAGUCUUGAAGCUUUAAACACAGUAUGCCCAACUAUUGGAAUCAUGCCUUCCGGUAUCCCCUGGCUAUGGAAAAACAGUGAGGGAAAGGCCAAGUCUAGUGGUAAAUCACCAACAAAAUCUUUCAGAUGCAAAGCACAAGAGCGGGAUGUAGGCACAAUAGAAAUGGACUAUGACCCCUUGUCACCACCGAAGCUAUUUGAGAAUGAUUCUUAUGCUCUGCCAUACUCCGAGCAUGCUUGUUUCUCAGAGUUAGAGGCUUUUAUGCAAGCAGUGCGACCGUCAACAGUUAUGGGAAUCGUCAGCAGAUCAUUUUGUUAUGUGAACCCUCGCCAUCACUUCGGUCAUCUUUGUAGAGAUGAUGUGUACUCUGACAAGACACCUGUAAAGAAAAGUGGACAUACUGGAAGCUUGACACCUAAGAGAAGACCGAGUGGUUCAAAGACCCCGAAAGAAAGGAUGGUCAGGAUUUCUAGUUCAACAUUGUUCAGAAGCAGAGUUAUAAUGAAAAGGAAGGAGUGUCGUGGUGCAAGGAUAGAAGAACCUGAAGAACCUAUCGGUGUCACUUGAGUUUUCUCCCAAGUAAACUUUAUUUUGCUCCUAUAAAGAUUAACAGCCAAAGAACCUACCAUUGUCACUUGAGUUAUCUCCCCAAGUAAAGUAUAUUAAUAACAGGAUGGUGGAAGUUUAACAACUGGAUGGUGGGAACCGUGGAAGGGAAAUCUUCUGAUCAAACUAACCAGCUUGGUUGUGUGGGUGCUAUCGCUGCCCAUCUGAUUCAGAACACCGUUGUGUUGGCAAGAUGCAUUUCAUACUCGGUUAGCUUUAUAGCCUUUUUUGGCAGUUUACUUUGCAUUUUGUAUAGCCCUGCUACUCCUUCAGUACUUAGAUAUAAAGUUUGUAUCCAGUAAUUUUACUUUACUCAAGUGGAUCCUUCCAAAAAUUCAGGAAAAAGCAGUUAGUUCA